AUGGCAGCGUUAAUGGAAUUUUGCCGAAUAUCUUGGCAACUGAGGCACUCCGACGUCGUCAAGCGGAUUGUGAUCUCCGCCGGUGGCACUCCCAGAAUCUCAGACUCCCGUCAUGGCUACCCGACACAACGCGGAACUCAAAUCUUCAUUGGCACUGAUAAGGAAAACUCCGAUGCCUCCGCCGUCGCCAAGGCACUAGCUGGCAAAAGCGCUCAUGGCCUCGAUGAUGAUGGCUAUGUUCUUGCAGCAGGCCAUCAUAAGGGCCGCCCGAGCAUUGUUCUCAACGGCGUGGAUAAGCGCGGUACGUUCUACGCGGCUCAGACCCUUCGCCAGCUUAUCGAUGGAAGCCGUGUUCCGGGUGUCAAGGUGCGCGACUGGCCGCUCAUGUCCAUUCGCGGCUCCAUCGAGGGCUUCUAUGGCAUUCCCUGGUCGCACCAAGCACGUCUCGACCACUAUGAAUUCUAUGGCAGGCACAAGGUGAAUACCUACAUCUACACGCCCAAGGAUGACCUGAAGCUCCGUUUCGAGUGGCGCGAUCUUUACACUGGUGAGGCCCUUGAGAAGCUCAAGGAGCUAAUAACCACCGCCACUACCAAUCACGUAGAUUUCACCUAUGCUCUUUCACCCGGUGCUUCCAUCUGCUACUCAUCCGACGAAGAUUUCAAUACUACGGUCACCAAAUUCAACCAGAUUCGCGAGUUGGGUGUCCACAGCUUUUACAUUGCUUUUGAUGAUAUUCCCCUGAAAUUCCACUGCGACGCGGACAAGGAGAAGUGGGAGGACAAGGGCAACUGGCACUGGUUGGCGGAAGCCCAAACAUACUAUCUAAAUCGCGUCCAGAAGGAGUACAUCGAGCCCCUAGGUCUCCUGGACCUCGAGACGGUCCCAACCAACUACGCUGGCAGCGAGCCCGAUCCUUAUAAAGAGAGGUUUGGUACCACCCUGGACAAGAAAAUCCGCGUCCAGUGGACCGGCGAAGGGGUCUUCAGUGACAAGAUCACCGUCGAGAGCGUCCAGCGCGCCCUCACGACCUAUGUAACCGAGAACAUGUUCAUCUGGGACAAUUUCCCAGUGAACGAUGGCAAGCGUGACCGACUCUUCCUUAACCCCCUCACCGGCCGCGCCACCGAUCUGUACAAGUACAUCCUUGGCUUCACCUCGAACCCGAUGAUUGAGCCUUAUGCCUCCCUGCCCGCCCUUUCCAACUACGCCGACUACAUGUGGAACGCACCCGCCUACGACGCCGAUGAGUCAAUGGCGGCAAUCCUGGCAGAGCUCGCGGGCAACAACAAACAGGUCCGCGAGGCGCUCGUCGCCUUCUCCGACCUCAACCAGAACUGGCCCUACCGCAAACCGGAGGUCCACUCUCCCGCACUUGACAAGGACAUCGAGGCUUUCUGGGCCGGCCGGUCCGCGCGCGGAAAGGGCCACGACCGCUCCAGACAGCUCCGCAAGCGCUUGGAGCUCCUCACUCAGCUCCCAAGAACCCUGCCGCGCAUGGCCAUGAAAGCCUUUGCGGCGGAGGUAGCGCCUUGGGCGACCGUUGCGAGCCAGUGGGCUCAUGCGUGCGAGCACCUGAUCAGCAUGCUCGACGCCCACGACAGGGGACAGAGGAGGAAGGCGGCGCGUGAGUUCAAGGCCGCGCUGGAGUGGGUUGAAAAGACCAAGGAGAAGACCGUGGACGAACGCAAUGAGAAAGGCGAGGACCUACCCAAGUCGAUUGUGCCGCAUGUUGCGGAGCAGGCGUUCACUGGCUUCCUUGGAAAUGCCACGGCUAUUUAUAAUGGGGAGUAG